CUUUCCAACACGCCUACAUUCCCAAAAAGAAGACGAUCUGGCACUGUCAUUGUUGCUGGUGACUACAUUGUGAAGCUCCGCCAUCUCAUCUCACCGGUGAAUGCACUCAGCCACGCGAAGACUGACUCACUUGGCCCUUUCACCUCAAAAGUACCACCCUUUCCGCAUCUGCAGUGCUGUCAUCCAAGUUCAAUGCCAGAUCCGGCGGUGCAUGUCUCCGGCUCGACUGUACGCAAAAUCACCUGAAGGUACCAAGCGGAGACGACUCGACAGCAACAGUCCUGGUCCCGCCAAGCGCAGACAUCAAUCAACCAUGUCGCCUCUCGUGGUGGAAGAGGUCGAUGAUCAGGCAUCGGGAUCAGUCUCUGGAGGGAUCUCCUGGGAACCAGUCGAGACCACUCUCAAGACGCUUCUUCUGGAUGUGGCCAAGUACAUUGAUGAGAAUCCAGCGUCUUCAGACGACCCAGAUGCCACAAGUCAUGUAGUCGUUCCAGACGAAUUGGCAAAGCAACCAAUCAUCCUCCGCUUCACUGGCGGUUGGGUCCGUGACAAGCUGCUCGGUAAGAAGAGCCACGAUAUUGAUGUUGCCAUCAACAAGAUGACAGGCUACCAAUUCGGACUGCGCCUGAAAGAGUACCUCGAAAUUCCGGGGAACCUCGAGAAAUAUGGUCUGGAGUCUAUUGCUUCCAACGACAAGCAGAAUCAAAAAGCAGGCAAGAGCGACAAGUCCAAGGCAGUGGGCGGUUUGCACAAGAUCGAAGCCAACCCCGAAAAAUCUAAGCACUUGGAAACUACCACGAUGCAAAUCCUCGGCUUGGACAUUGAUCUCGUCAAUUUGAGAAAAGAGACUUACACCGAUGAGGAAGGACGCAUCCCACAAAUCGAGUUCGGCACGCCGGAAGAAGACGCAGAGCGUCGUGAUGCAACUGUGAAUGCCAUGUUCUACAACCUUAAUGAGGAUAAGAUCGAGGACUUCACUGGGCGAGGCCACGACGACAUGAAAGCCAAGAUCAUCAGGACGCCACUGCAGCCAUAUCAGACCUUCAAAGACGAUCCUUUGCGAGUUCUCCGCUUGAUUCGCUUUGCCAGCCGACUUGGCUACACAAUUGAGUCGACUGCCUUGGAGGCCAUGAGGAAUGCAGAGAUCAAAGACGCACUUCGGCAGAAAAUCAGCAGAGAACGCGUUGGGACAGAAAUCGAAAAGGCUUUGCAAGGUCCAGAUCCACACGAAGCUCUUCGUCUGGUUUUCUCACUCGGCCUGUACGAGACAAUCUACUCUGAUCCAGCCAAGGCUGAGAUCGAACAUGAUACACCUGAUGUUGAAGGGUGGGACGUUCUUAUCGACACCUUGAAGGACAUGAUCAGUAAUGGCAAUGUGGUACAAGAAGAGCUUAUGAGAGAUCACGAGGAGGAAGUGCUAGCGUGGCAGCUUUCUGCGAUGGUGCCAUACCGCAAUGCACCAUUUCCGGAACCUUUACAGCCUGGCAAGAAAGCGCCGCCUCCAAUACCAGUGCAGGUGGCAAGAGAGGGUGUUAAGGCACCUAACAAGAUCUGCGAAGUGAUUAAUGCCGCUGUCCGAAACCAGUCCGAGAUCUCCGACGUGGUUGACAGGCUGUAUCAGAAGAAGCGUCGACCAGACAAGGUCAUCGAAGGAGACGAUCCAUCUGCAAGAGAUGUUCUUGGCAUGGCGAUUCGACGAUGGGGGCCUAGUUGGAGAAGCCAGGUCAUGUACUCGCUGCUAGUCGAAGUGGCCAACACACAAGAUCAGGUCGAAGCAAUCGAGCGACGAUACACUACCUUCGUCGAACACCUGCGCCAACUGGAGUUGACUGAUGUCUGCGCCUUCAAGCCACUUAUGGAUGGCAAGGAGCUCGCCAAGGCGAUUGGUAUCAAGCCAGGACCCUGGAUGAAGGAUGCACUCGACGUAGUGAUGGCAUGGCAGCUACGGAACCCAGGCACUGCCGACACAGCAAAAGCCAUCGAAGAGGUGAAGAACCACCAGACAAAUGGUGAGCUUACUUCUGAUCUUGUCCAACACUUCUUGAAGCUUACCAUUCGCCCGCUUUUCAUCAAGGCCACCCCAGCAACGGUCACUGAGCAAGGCCGUAAGGUCACUACCGAACGACUACCGGAGAAGCUCACGAUGAGUUCGAUGGACGAUAACGUCAAGAAGCCAUGGAAGACUGCCAACGACUCGUACUCGCUCGAUGUGUUGGCCUGGGUCAUGCGUAGCUUAGACGAGAAGCUCGUAGCCCAAGUCUGGCCUCUGAUUAUCCCACCUCUCUUGACACUUGUCGACGACUGGGAAGCCAGAUACAAGUGCAUCGGCGCCGACUUCAUCGAUGCCCUCCUCAAAUCCACACCUUCCGCCCUUCUCGAACGCACAGGACUUGGAGAAGUCUUCGAACAGGCUCUCAUGCCCUGCCUGACAUAUUUACCCACCAUUACUGAGGAAGAAGAAUCUAUUCCGCUCCUCUCAUCCGUUUACCCAGCCCUUCUCACUCUGGCACGAAAACGCUUUCCCAACGAAGAGCCUGCACCACCUACCACGACUCCUCUCACUCCAACAGCUCGACAAAAAGUGCAAAUGCUGGAUACCAUAAUCCGCAAAGGUAUCAUCUACGGGUACUCUCAUUGCGGAACUUCAAAUCCGAAAAUCACGACUGUUCUGUUCUCCAACCUGGCGAUCUACUUGCAAGAACUUGGCAUCGACUCCGUCAAGCACCCGAAAUUCCUCAUCCCAACCCUAAGUGAAGCGCUGUCGUCUUCAACUGGUACAGCCACGAUUCCGAUGUUGCUGAGUGCAACGGAUGCUUUGCAAGCAGUUAUCAGAAAUGCCUGGCCGAGGAUGGCUGGAUAUCGUGGAGAAGUGCUGAAAGGAGUGACAUUGUGCUGGAUCAAAGUGAUGGGUGGAACUGGCGAUGAGCUGGAGCAGCUGAGGAUAAAAUUGAAAGAGACAGUAAAACUUCUCGGUGCGGCUGUGAAGAGGGAAUGUGAUUUCGAGGCAGAGAAACGACUUCUACUCAAAGCAGAUGCGAGAUUAGAAGGCUUAUUCGCUUGAGUCUAGAUCAGAAAAGCAUCGGAAAGAACAAUAAACUCUUCAUUCGUGUACCUGACUGACAGCUAUCACAACUCUCAACAG